AUGCUUCUGACCCCUGACACUGUGUGUAUACCAGCUGAAGCAAGAGGUAUCGUAUCAUACACACAAGAAGAUCUAUCUAAGGAUGAACUGUAUGACGUGUGGGUCUUCGUUUUUCUCGCAGUUGUAGCAGGUGUGUUUGGAGGUCAACUCCUUGCUCCCUAUGCCUACCCUGCUGCUUACCAUCCCGAUCCCUACUAUGCUGCUCCCGAACCUUAUGACUUUGGCUUCGACACUACUGAUGAAUUUGGCACUCAGCUGAGCCGACACGAGAGCGGAGACGGUAGCGGAGCUGUCACUGGAAGCUAUGGCUACGCUGAUGCCAAUGGCAUCUGGCGUAAGGUGAAUUACGUUGCCGAUGCUGGCGGCUUCCGUGCCCAGGUCGACACCAGUGAGCCCGGCACCGACAACCAGAACCCCGCCGACGUUACCAUCAACUCCAACCCAGUUCCCGCUCCAGUUGUCUACAAACAACCUGUCGUCAAACACUUGUUCAUUUUCUUAACUUCCGUGACAAUGGUUUUGGCUGGAGAUUAUCUUGGUCCUUACCAUGGAGCUAGAGUUGGUGUCCCUACUUAUGGAUAUGGUUACGGCUAUGCUCCAGAACAUUAUUAUGACCAGCCAAUCCCCUACGGCUUUGGCUAUGACGUACAGGGUAAUGACGGGGGCGCACAACAACGACACGAAGAAGAUGAUGGAUAUGGGAACAAAAAGGGCUCGUAUAGCUAUGUGGAUCCUUACGGUGUUUCCCGUAUCGUCGAGUACGUGGCUGACCAAUACGGUUUCCGUGCCAAUGUGAAGACAAAUGAGCCAGGUACAGCCAACCAGAGCCCGGCUGAUGUUGGAGUUUAUUCAAAUGAACCUCCUGCCCAUGUUGUCCAGAAGGCUUAUAUAGGUCCCCAUAUAGCCUCUCAUCCCUAUGGAUAUGCCCCUGCUGCCCCAGUGGUAAAGAAAGUGGUAGCCCCUGCAUACUCUUACAAUCCUGUUUCUGUUGUGAAAACCUCUAUACCUGUCUAUCAUUAA